CUUUAACACACCGGACAGACUUACCGGGCUGUUGAGAACAGUUUUACCUCCGUUAUAUACUUUGGCAGCUCCUUUAUUGCUGACCUUAGUUGUCUGGCCACUCUAACUUCCAGCUCCUGCACUCGCAACGGCCUCAGUUUAAGGCCGAUUGGACUCAUCUAGGUGCUCCAUCGUGGCGGGAUUCAGUUGCUAAUCAGAACCAUAGAACAUUGUUAUGGCAGAGCAGAGUAGCCACGAUGUGGUAAACCAAACCCGGUCGGGCGGCGACCUAUCGCCUUCCGACGUUCCUGCGAGCAAACCCGACAAAUUCACGACCGGAGGGGAUGGGGUGGAUGUUCAAACUCUUGAUAGCAAGCAUCAGAGACGGCAAGAUAUAACUACGGCAUCGCAGGACAAGCCGGAUGGGAAAAGCAUAACCACACAAGAUGACUUAGCGACAAGUACGAAAAAAUUAGAAGCGAAUGGCAUCGAGUCUCCCAUAGGGGAUUACGGGACAUCUCUCAAUCACCUUGGGGAUGGAAGCGGAGGUUCCGAUACAGACGCCAGUCGAAGUGACAUACGAUCAUCAUCGAAAGAUAGUACCCAACACUCCCGUACAAGCUCUGUUAAACGACCCGCAUCUUUCAAGCCGGUAUCCUUUGCAAAAUUCUCUAUAUCGAAAUCACCAAAUAUGGCCGCGGCAUCUAAAUAUACUGCUGAGCAAGCUCCCUUUUCCGCCUCAAAUACUUCGUCUGCGCCUGCCCAGCAGACAUCAAGACCCCGUCUAGUUGCCAAGUCAACAAGUAGCAUGCGCGACUCAACGCCGCGGGCUCUAGCUGGCAGUGGGAGGAGUGGAUCCGGCGCACCCGAUCCCAACCAGGUGUGGAAUAAAAACCGACCCGUCCAGCCGCCCCCUACGAAGCACCUUACGGACGAAGAGCUAAAGCAGCAGUAUGGCAUUCAUAUGACUUCCCGCAUUCAGGCCGAUGGCGAUGGCAAGGAAGCCAAGUGGGCCGAUAUUGAUGAUGACGAGGACGACUGGGCUCCAGAAACGAUAGAAUGGAAUGAUGGCACUAAGAUUAAUUUGACCCAAACCGAAACCAACCCUACCCCAACUCAGACGAAAGGCGAAACCCAAGACACAACCCAACAGACAACACUACCAGACAAGAAACUCAUAGGACGUGGGGAUGCCAAAGUUCUAGCUUCGAAACCACCUAACUCUCUUGGUCCGAACGCGACGAUACUUAAACUUGGAGCGAACGCAGACAAGCAACAAGCCAGAUCGGGCAGCGAUUCAACCAAGGGAACCAAUGACAAAGAUAGCGCUAUCCCCAAAGGUCUAGUGCCUCCGGCUAAGUCUCCUUGGGCUCCCUUGCCUCCCAUUGACAAAGUCCCCGUUACCGUCAACCCCCCAACCCAACCACACCGGCAUUCCCGUUUCUUCCAUGGCGAACGCAGUGGUGUAGAGCCCACACCACCUCUGCCGGUCGCAGCUAAGGAGAUUGCAGCCGAUGAUUUCAACCGGUCUUGGAGAGAUACCCAAUCAGCCGCGCCUCGGGAACUCUAUAACUCUCAGUCUGGACGAUAUGAACCUGUAUCAGAAAUGCGCCGAGGGCAGUACAGGAACGAAGCUCACUUCCGUCCCUCAUCUUUGCUUCAGAGGCCAAAUCAUAAUGAGCAGUCUGGACCCGCAGAGCCUUCACCUGCUUUCCAGACAAACCGAUCUAGUACCUCGCAAGAGAAUACUUCGUGGAGUCGCCGUCGUGCAUCAUCUAACGUUAGCGGAGGAAGUGGAGUUAUGGGCCGACGAUUGUCCAUGAGCAAGCCAGACCUCAGUCAUAAACCCCACGAUCUUCCUCAACCACGCCGAGGGUCACAACAAAAUGAGCGAUCUACAUCUCCUCGCAGGCAAUAUCAGAAGGGUUCGUAUAUUGCAAGGGGGGCUUCUCCGUCGCGUCCACCAGUCCAGGGCAUGCCAAAUCAUGCUUCCUCAUCUCAUUAUACUCCGCCGGCCUCUCAUGGUGGCAUUGUCCAUCCACUUGCGACAGAUUCUCCCCUUUCGCAGAUGCCUCCUAUGGAAGAUCCUAUCGCAAUGCAACAGCGCAUCAUGCGUGAGAAGCGAGAGAUGGCAAGGCAGCGCAGACUAGAAGAGGAAGCCAAAGAAGAGGCCGCAAAACAAGAGCGGAUCAGAUUGAAGCUUGAAGCUAUGGGCCCACCUCCAUCGGAAAAGAAAGACUCUACGUCUGCGUUAGAAUCUGCCAAACAAACCACUGUAGCUCCAUCGCCACCAAAACCUCCACUUCCCGAGCCGAGCGGGGAGCCCAAACAGUAUGGAAUGAUGAAGGUUCAUCCUCCUGAGCCAGUGAAGAAAUUGGUUCCAUCAGGUGAGAGGCCUGAUGUCAAGACAGGCAUUACCGGUCCUCAAAGCCACCAGAUAUCAUCUCCCCGAGAAUCCAAGUUUGAAGCAGCUAGAACCUCCAUGCCCCCUUCCAUCAAUGGUGUUCAUUCGUCGACUGAAAUGUCGGCGGUUCAGAUGCCAGAGUCCCAGCAAGACGCAUCCGGUGACCGAAAUUUAACAUGGAAAGGGCCGAUGCCAGCAACUAGUUCUUAUUCGUCAUGGUCUGGUACGAAAAUUGGUGCUCACCCCUCUGUUGGGAGCCUGUGGGGACCGCCAAAUAACGAUAAAGCGUUGGGCAACGGCACCUUUGAUAAAAACCUCGCUGGAUUCCCCUCAAGGGACAUCUCGUCUCAUGGUCCCCUUAUGCUGUCCGAUCAACCUCCCAUCGGCCCGCCGCAGCACAGUGCGGAAAGAAUCAAUGCUUCCGAACGUACUAAUCAACAUUUACAUGGAGUUCCGAAGAGCAUAGCUGAUAAUGGUUCUUCAUUGUCUCCUUUGCCCUCCCCAGAACAGCGCCCCGGCCGUUUAGCUGGUGCUGACAGCCUGAAACCGAUUUCUCGCCCUGGGCCUAUUGCGCCUCCUAAUACAUAUUCCCAGGGCCAAAGAUGGCAACAAAACCAAUUUCCUCGACGUUCCGAAGAAACUGCUCCUUGGAAUAAUUUCCAUCUAGCCGCGAGAAAAGCCGAGCUAGAAGAAAACGAGCGAUUCCACCGGGAGCUCCAGGCUCGGCGCGAGGAAGAAGCCAGAUCCGGAGUCAAGCCGGCAUUACAGGUCACAUUCGAUGAAACUUGGCGACAAGUAAAAACCGAUGAGGCUGGUCAGCGUAACGUCGUCUCAGUCAAUAAGACAACCGAAAAGUCAGCACCUCUUUCCCCUCUACCCGGUCUCGAACCCAUUGAUGGCCUACCCUUCUCAGAUCCGAACGCCAAGGUUGGGACAACCGCCCGGGGUUCCCGUUUCUUUCCCCAUGGAUCCGACCAAACCAAACGACCUUCGGAUCGAGAUAAUGUUGAGCCUCGUAGCCCCUCUCCACCGCCUCCUGAGGAGGUAUCAAGCCAUCCCGCAUUUACUACUGACUCUCCACGACCACUGGUGCAUUUACCGGCUCCGAAACCACGAGUGAGGCUUCCACCGCGCAGUUCACCUCCUCCAGCUGCUCCUCCUGCAACAUUUGCCUCCAUGGUUGCCUCUGGUCCACCUCCUCCUCGUGGUUCUCAACCGAUCGCUAGCACUGCAACUUGGCAAGAUCGUUUCAAUGGAUUAUUUGGCAAAAAGACCUCACAGCCUCCGCAUGCGAAAAGGACUGUUCUCGCUGUUGCAUCGGCAACGAAAGAGCCGCUUGAAGUUCUGCCGGACACCUUAUCGGCGUCUGUAUCGCUGCCUCAAUUUGACGAUGUUGAAUCAACUCGGGACGCGGGUAAAGUAGCAUCAAAGGAAGUAGAAGACGAGGAGGCUAUCUUUGAGGAUCGCGAGGCCGGAUCUCUGCCGGUUGUAAAAGUCCCACAUAUGGCACCCAAAGCAGCUUGGCAGCCAGCAUUGCCUCCUUCCCAUCAACGCCUCCGUUCACGGUUCCAAAGACCUGUCCAAGUUCAGAGUAUUGAGCCUUACAUUUUUAGUUCACCCGACCGGAACAACCCUGGUGGUGUCACUAUCAUUAUUCACUUGCCAGGGACUGAAAUCUUAAAGACUCUCACAAUGCCCGGCAAGGGUGGUGUCAGCGGCGGAAACAAUCAGACACGCCAUCGUUCACAUAAUUUCAAACAUCGCAGAGGUGCGAAAUCGCGAGAAGGUUCUGGGCCAAGUUCUGGGCCGUACCAUACAUCUCAACCUCCAAAAAAGAUGUCAUCUCCCACCUCUGGACCCUCGCGAUCGCAUUCUGGGCAUGGAAAUUGGGCAUCCCGAGUGGCUGGUACUGCAGUUUGAAGAGCGUAUCCCCCAGCUGGAAUUAUUCGAUCCUAAAUCUAAGUUUAUCACACUGACUUGGUUAAUGUCUUCUCCAUAUCUAAUGAAGAGCAGCAAGUCUUUCGCGGGAAAUCGUUGGCCACGGUCUCAUGGUUUGGCGCUUUAACUGAUUCUCGUAUACCUUCUUUCUUUUCCCCUCGCGCCCUGUAUCCUUAUGUCUUACCAAUUGUCUCCGAACAUGCAAUCCUUCCAACAGUCGCUAUGUAUUCACUCUUGAACUCGGCACAAUUGUGUUAAGUUUCUACGAGUUUUACAGCUGGUGAUUACUCCAUGCUUUCCAUAUCAAACCUCCUAUUACCAACUGUAAUCAUUAUCCGUUCCAAGUUAUUCUGCAUUGUGUGGGCGUUAUUGUGCUCACCGCCAGCUGGGCGGCUUCCUGACGACAAAGCUGACGCUGGGGUCUGUGAUAUUAUCAACAACUUCCUGCUAUCAGUUGCACAAUUGCGUUCUACGUGGAUGUCUUGUAAUGCCAGUCACCUUUUGGGACUCCAAUGGGAUUGAUGGAUUGAUUGAUAUCAGAAGGCCCUUGGUUUUAUUUUGCUGUCAUGAAGAAAUGAAUGCAAUUGCUCCAGUGUAUUAGCUGCUUGAUAGUUGAAAUCAUUUAUAAUUACUGCAUAUUCCUUGCCA